AUGGCUGCUGUCGUUAAUGGCGUUCCCGUCGCGAUACCACCACCCGAAGGCUACAAGGUCGACUUUGAUAACCCGCAACGGAACAGUGUCACUGCAGCAUACUGGCUUUAUGGCAUUGGGAAUUUCUUGACCGUCUUGUUCAUUGCACAGAGAACUAACGUGCUCGAGCGUCUAGGGGACUUUAUCCGCGGCAUAAUGGGCACCCACGGAUGGGAGAUGCCAAUAACCAAGUUCGCCCAGUUCGCACGAGCCCUCUACCUCCUACCAAUCCUCUACAACCCCGUCCAAUGCGGCGCAAAGAUGGCUUUGCUUCUCGUCUACCGUCGGCUUGCACCACAAAAGUGGUUUCAUUUCACAAUCUGGGCUACUUCGUUUGUGGUGAUUGGGUCCUCGAUUGCGAUCACGUUUACGACAAUCUUCCCGUGCAAACCUGUAAGAGCAGGCUGGGACAUUACAAUCACCGAUAAGAAGUGUAUCGAUCGACCAGCGGUUUACCAGGCUACAGCUAUCAUGGGUGCGAUUACAGAUGCUAUGGUGCUUGCGGUGCCGAUACCCGUUGUUAUACCACUGCAGAUUUCGAGAAGGCAAAAGAUUGGGUUGAUUUGCUUCUUUGGUGUUGGUGGAGUUACUGUCUUCACAUCAAUCAUGAGACUGAUUGCGUUGAUUCGGUCCAUGGGCAACGUCGACCAAUCCUGGGGCGGUGGACCUGUUCUUCUUUGGAUCUUCGCCGAAGCCAAUCUCUCCAUCAUUUGCGCAACUCUCACAACAGUCAAACCAUUCAUCAAACACAUCUCUCCAAGGAUUCUCGGCUCCUCAUACGGAGCGUCAAAAGCAGGCAUGUCAAACCCAAGCGCACCACCAACCAUUGGAGCAAUCUCCACUGGCGGUCUGCCCAGACAUGACCAUUAUGAACGGUUUGACGAUGGGCCGAUGUAUCCAUUGCAGACUGUCACCAAAGCAGAGGCAUCAAGGGGUCAGGAUAAUAAGAACGGAGGAUCACGCUCGGUCACACGGCCAAUGUCAGGGGAUAGUCAAGGAGAUUCGGAUUCUGAAAAGGCAAUUCUGCAGACGCGUACUACAACAGUGACAUAUUCUUAG